AUGGCCUUGCGCUUCCCCGUGUGGAGCGGGACGAGCGGCUCCGCGCGGGAGAAACUCUCGGAGCGAAUGCCAGUGUUAACGGAGCCCCCUUUGCCCUCAGUCUCGCACACGACGGAUGACCUGGUCUUCAUGUGGGACCCCAACGUGCCCCUCGAGGUGGACCGCAACAUCGAACUCCCGCAGCUCGAUCUGGUGAAGAAAUACACGGGCGAUUGCACGCAGGUCUACUCGACAGGCAACUUCACCUGCCUGGAGAUCGUGUUCACCUUCAAGCGGCGCCUCGGCUACUACCUCUUCCACACGUACGUCCCGACCUGCCUCAUCGUCAUCAUGUCCUGGAUCAGCUUCUGGAUCCGGCCGGAGGCGGUGCCGGCGCGGGUCACGUUGGGGGUCACGUCGCUGCUCACGCUCUCCACGCAGCACGCCAACUCGCAGAAGGCGCUGCCGCCCGUGUCCUACAUCAAGGCCAUCGACGUGUUCAUGUCGUCGUGCACGGUGUUCGUGUUCUUCUCGCUGAUGGAGUACGCCCUCGUCAACGUGGUCCUGGGCGACGUGCCGGAGGAGCACAAGAAGACGCGGCCGCGGACGCUGGUGCACCUGCCCAACAAACAGCUGGAGGCCAUCACCGCCAUCACCUCGCCGCUGGCCUCGCCCGCCAACGGGCUCUCGCCGCUGGAGAUGAUGGCGGCCAGCUCGUGUCCGGCGCACCUCGCCCCCGCCCCGCACAUCACGACCACCCACAUGGUCAACGGGCCUGUCUUCCACCACGGCAUGCAGCACGCCACUCAGCAUAGCACUAUCCAGCACAGCGUCAACUUCGGCCUGCCUCCUCCGCCGCCGCCGCCGCCGAUAGGGAACGUGAAAGCCAAUCAGGGACACACGCGGCGUCGGGAGAAGGCCAUCCUGAUCGACCGCGUGUCUCGCAUCCUGUUCCCGAUGUCCUUCACUGUCCUGAACGUCAUCUACUGGAGCGUCUUCGUGGUCAAGUGGUUCUGAGGGCGUGCGGGCCACGACACUGAACU